AUUAUCCUUAACAAAUAUCUAACCGCCCCUCGACUUUUGAAUGCCGUCAAAGUCGCAGAAGCCAGAUCGAGAACAUACGCGAAGGCUGAAGCAGUAUUUGUGCAGAUCUUGAAAUUGAAAACCUAGUUUAUACAGGUAGAGUGGUCUGACAGAGCGAUAUGUCGAAGACGAUAGUGCAGCCUAUUGGGCAAAAGAGGCUAACUAACGUAGCGGUGGUUCGCUUGAAAAAGCACGGCAAUCGUUUCGAGAUUGCCUGCUACAAGAACAAGGUCCUUUCAUGGCGUUCUGGUGUAGAGAAGGAUUUGGAUGAGGUGUUGCAGAGUCAUACGGUGUAUUCAAAUGUUUCUAAAGGAAUUCUUGCCAAGACAAAAGAUUUAACCAAAGCUUUUGGAACAGAUGAUCAAACUAAAAUAUGUCUGGAGAUAUUGGACAAGGGUGAACUUCAAGUUGCUGGGAAGGAGAGGGAGUCUCAAUUCUCCAGUCAGUUUCGGGACAUUGCAACUAUUGUUAUGCAGAAAACAAUAAAUGCUGAAACUCAGCGCCCUUAUACUAUCAACAUGGUUGAGCGACUGAUGCAUGAGAUUCAUUUUGCAGUUGAUCAGCAUAGUAGCUCCAAAAAGCAGGCCCUAGAAGUCAUUCGUGAGCUUCUGAAGCACUUCCCAAUAAAGCGGUCUCCAAUGAAACUACGGCUCACUGUUCCUGCUCAAAAAUUUUCUUCUCUUAAUGAGAAACUAGAUUCAUGGAGUGCUUGCAUAGCUUCAAGAGAUGAAUCUGGAAAUCAAUUAUCAGUUGUAUGUGAAAUGGAUCCGAGUCUAUUCCGGGAUUGUGAUGCCUUCAUAAGGAGUAUGCAGGGAAGAUUGGAAAUUCUUGCAGUGUCUGUGCACUGUGAAGGGGAUACGAAUGUAGAUCAUUAUGAUGAUCAUGAGGAUCUUCCACCAGCAUCCCUGCCCAAGGAUUUCGUACACAAGGAAUUUAUGGAAUCCGUACCCGAAUCGAGUGAGAGACUACAAGAGCAAGCUCUCUCGUCAGGAAAUGGGAAUGCUGAAGGACGGAUAAAGCAAAAUAAAUGCAGCACAUGCUAUGCAUUUGUGGGGGACUCCAAGCAAUACAGAGAGCACUUUAAAAGCGACUGGCACAAGCAUAACUUAAGGCGCAAGACAAGACAGCUUCCACCCCUUACUGCGGAAGAAUGCUUGGCUGACUUGGAGCUAGGUGACUCAAAUGCAGAUUUGCAGGAUUAUUCAUUUUGAGGUAGGGCUGACAAUUUUCUCGUGUCAUGGCCCCGCUUUUGCACGUGAAUUUAUGUGGCCUUCUAGAUAUGUAUUGGGAAAAUUUUAUAUACGACAGAACAAAUCAACUAUUAGAAGUAGUUUAUGAUUUUCAGAACCCUUGUGCAACACUGAAAACUUAUAUUAUCAGGUGAAAAGUAAUCGGCUUUCUUAGUAUACAUUUGUGCAUCUGAGUAA